AUGAAUUUCGUUUCGUUUCGCGUUUCGUUUAAAAAUAAUUUUUUCGUUUCUUUCGUUUCGUAUUUCAUUAAAAAUAUAUUUUCGUUUCGUUUUCGUUUCGUAACAUGCCAUUUUUAUACGAAAAUGACGAAAAAAUAUUCGAUAUUAUUAGACAAUUUUUUACUAUUUUGUCGUAUUUUUCAGCCAAAAAUUUAAAAAUUUUUUCCCAGAAAAUGAAAAUUAAAAAAAUUUUGCCUGCGGCGCUGAAAAUGAAAGAAAUCUGAUUCCUCUCUUCGAGCUAGAAGAUUGCUACUAAAAUUGAUAAGGGCCAGAAAUUUUUCAGCAAGUUAUAGCUUUGCACCGUUAUAGUUGCGCGUUGUUUUGGGCUAUACCAAUAUUUGGGAUGCCCUAUGGAUAUCUCACUAGAUAUUUGGGAUAUCUCUUAAACUCUUAGUCUGUACUUGUCCCCCAAAUCUCCUAAUAACCUAAAUUGGAGAGAUAUCGGGAGAUUUGCAGGGAGAACAAUCUCAAUUUUGCAAAAUUGAAGUUUUCUUAAUACUCCUCCAUAUACUUGAAUCUCUUUAUAUCCCUUUUACCCCCUGAAUAACACCAUUAUUCUGAUAGAUAAUCUAAAUAGUAGACUUGACCCCAAGACUCAAGACCAAAAAUUAACAAGACACAAGACUAUUUUUGUCCCAUAAGGCAAAUUUUUGGUACUAAUAAAUUCUCUAAAUCCCUCGGAUAUUUCCCAAAUUCUCCAAUAUCCCUUUUAAACACCCAACUCGCAGAAUAUCU